AUGCAGGAUACUCAGUCGGCCACCCAGCAAGCUCAACAAGCGGCCGCCGGGAGACGUUUCUCAGCUCAUGUCUCGAAGCCUUCCACCACCGACACGGGAUUCUCUCAUGGAGCAUACUCGUCCAACCAAAACCACAAUGCGUUGACGGUGGGUGGAUAUGGGGAUAGACAUCCACGAAGAGUCAACGUUCCUGCAAUCAACACUCAGCCGAUGGCUCAAAAUGGUCAACCGGAGAUGGUUACACCUGGCACUGGCUUCGAUAUGCAGUUCACCCCCUUGCUGCCAUCGCAAUUGCUCCUCGGUUCUCCUUUCCAACCGGGUACUCCCGGUACCUUUGCGAGCCCACAGUUCCAAAAUUACGCCGCGUUCCAACAGCAAAACGGCCAGGCAACCAGCCCGAUCCAGCAACUCUCUCCCCAGAUUUACCAGUCUCUGGUCUCUCCCUCCGCUUAUGGCGCGCCUCAAUUCUUCACCGCUACGUCACCAAUGUCUGCCAUCUCUGCUCAGGGUUCCUUGACCAGUCAAUUGCAGGCCAUGUCAAUGAACCACCCAACCUCGCCAGGUGGGAUGUCCAUGUCUGGAGCAAUGUCUCCGGGUGGUCUCGGUUCUGGCACUAGCAGAACCGUCUACCUCGGCAAUAUCCCACCAGAGACAUCUGCAGAGGAGAUUUUGGGUCACGUUAGGAGUGGUCAAAUUGAGUCCGUCCGGCUUUUGCCAGACAAGAACUGUGCUUUCAUUUCUUUCUUGGAUGGAAGUUCUGCCACUCACUUCCACUCCGAUGCUAUCUUGAAGAAGCUUUCCAUUCGUGGACAGGAUAUCAAGGUUGGGUGGGGAAAACCAUCCCAGGUCCCUACCUCCGUUGCUCUUGCUGUUCAGCAAUCGGGUGCUUCCCGAAACGUGUACUUGGGUAACCUUGAGGAGAACGUAACGGAGGAGGAGCUUCGUGAGGAUUUGACCAAGUUUGGUCCUAUUGAUACCGUGAAAAUCGUCCGUGAAAAGGCCAUUGGAUUUGUUCACUUCCUGUCCAUCGGUAAUGCCAUCAAGGCCGUCUCCCAAUUGCCCCAAGAGCCAAAGUACCAAUCUCCCCGCCGUGUCUACUACGGAAAGGAUCGAUGUGCUUAUGUCUCCAAGACUCAACAGCAGAACGCUGCUCAAUACCUUGGUAUCGCUCCUGGAUACGCCCAUGUCCUCAAUGGAGCUGAUCGUGACUUGAUCUCCAACGCUUUGGCUCAACAAUCCGUUGCUGCUGCCGCCGUUGCCACUACCGCUGGAGGAAUUAAUAACCUUGGCAACCGAACCGUUUACUUGGGAAACAUUCAUCCCGAAACUACCAUUGAAGAAAUUUGUAAUGUUGUCAGAGGUGGACUUUUACACCACAUUCGAUAUAUACCCGACAAGCACAUCUGCUUCGUCACCUUUAUUGACCCGACUUCCGCGGCUUCUUUCUACGCCUUGAGCAAUUUACAAGGUUUAAUGAUUCACAACCGGAGGUUGAAGAUUGGAUGGGGUAAGCAUUCCGGAGCACUUCCUGCUGCCAUUGCUCUUGCCGUCAGUGGUGGUGCCUCUCGCAAUGUCUACGUUGGAAACUUGGACGAGUCGUUUAGCGAAGAGAGAUUGAGGCAAGACUUUUCCGAGUUCGGUGAGAUUGAGCUUGUCAACACUCUUCGAGAGAAGAGUUGUGCCUUUGUCAACUUCACCAACAUUGCCAACGCCAUCAAGGCAAUUGAGGCUAUCCGUGGUAAGGAGGAGUACCGUCGAUUCAAGGUCAACUUUGGCAAGGAUCGUUGUGGAAACCCACCUCGUCAGGUCCAAGGUCAGGCAAAUGCCACAUCCCCUCGCGGUGAUGGUGUCGCCUCUCCAUCCCCAGGAGGAUUUCAACCAAGUCAAAAUGGUUCUUCUCCCACUGGAUCUGUAGCUCCACCCUCGGCCACUGGACCGGGUCCCAACUUCAAUUUUGCUCCAACCCCUUCUACCAUUCUCAACGCUGGUAGCAACAACCCUCUCACCAUGUACCUUAACCAAGUGUCCCAACAAGCUCACACUCAGCAACAGCAAAACCUUGACCCCUUCUCGGUUGCUCAACUUCAGCAACAGCAACAACAGGUUCUUGCCGCUCAACAGGCUGCACUUUAUGGUAGUAGCAGCUCUCCAGUGAGCAUCGGUGAUCAUGACCUUCCUCAACAACAGAGCCAAGGUGGUCAUCAACAGAGUGCUAGCAUCAGUGGGUUGAACGGGUUCCAAGCUCCAUCCAACAGUGGUUCCACCACUAUGAAUGGAUUGCUUGCCCCUGGUCGUAGUCAACAUAGCCGUGCUGCCAGCUUGCCAGUCUUUGGUCAACCACAACAGAAUGGUUCUGCUUUCCAAGAGCCAACCAGUGCGACCGCUGAGAGACGUGGUCACCAAUACCAGUCUUCGUUCUCGAGUGGAAUUGGUAACGGGUUUGGAAAUGGAUUUGGAGAGAUGAACAAUGGGUUGAAUGGUUGGGCUGAGGAGGAGAUUGUUGGAAACUGA